CCUCACGUUAAACCAGGAAACGCCAUAAGCCGGUAGACGUGUCAUACGGCUGUUUUGCUUUUUUAAACAUAUUUUACAGUUUGAUGUAAACGUCACUAUGCUAGUUACGCGUUUAUCGAUGCCUUGAUUUGUAAUAACUUUGCAAAAAUAGGCUGCCAUUAAUACCAACAAUGAAUACAAUAUUUGCGAUCAGCCUUGUAUUCAUUGGUUGCUGCAGUAACGUUGUGUUUCUGGAACUUUUAGUAAGGGAGUAUCCAGGUUCUGGGAAUAUUAUCACAUUCUCACAAUUUGCCUUCAUUGCACUUGAGGGGUUUCUCUUCGAAACCAAUUUCGGAAGGAAAAAGCCCGCUAUUCCCAUCAGGAACUACUUGAUCAUGGUGGCAAUGUUUUUCACCGUGAGUGUGAUCAAUAACUACGCUCUCAAUUUCAACAUCGCCAUGCCGCUGCACAUGAUCUUCCGAUCAGGAUCACUGAUAGCAAAUAUGAUUCUGGGUGUAAUCAUACUGAAGAAAAGGUACUCUAAAAGUAAAUACAUGUCCAUUGCACUAGUCUCCUUGGGGAUCUUCAUCUGUACUAUCAUGUCUGCCAAGCAAGUGAGCUUGGACCGGGCAGGUUCUGAAGACCAUGGUCUCUACGUCUUCCUGCACUGGUUUCUUGGUAUCGCUAUGCUGACCUUUGCCCUGCUUAUGUCUGCAAGAAUGGGGAUUUUUCAGGAGACUCUGUACCAGGAGUAUGGGAAGCACUCCAAAGAGGCCUUGUUUUACAACCACUGCCUGCCACUCCCUGGGUUUCUGCUCUUUGCACCAAACAUCUACAACCACUACGUGCUCUUCAGCCAGAGCGCUCCGGUUGACAUUCUGGGACUUGGGAUGCCAGUGCCAGUCAUGUGGGUUUACCUGCUGUUCAACGUUGUCACACAAUACGUGUGUAUCCGGGGCGUGUUCAUCCUGACCACGGAGUGCACGUCACUCACUGUCACCCUGGUGGUGACGCUGCGCAAGUUUAUCAGCCUCAUCUUCUCCAUCCUCUACUUCCACAACCCCUUCACCACCUGGCACUGGCUGGGCACCGCCGUCGUCUUCCUGGGCACAUUGCUCUACACGGAGGUGUUGACCAGUGCUUGGAGCGCCCUCCGCAGGCCGAAGAAGGAAUUGAAGAAGGCGGAGUGACCACAGCCCUCAGCAACCUGCUUCUCCGUGUCGCACUGGCUCAUUUGUUCACACCAAGAUGAAUCACAAAUAAAUGGGACAUUUUAUUUUUUCAUUACUGUAUUAGUGUAGGAAAACCUACAAGAUGAACACCUUCACCCGCCCCCCCCCAACUUAACGCUGUUCACUGAUAGGAACCUUCAUGUCUGUAACUGUUCACACGGUGUAGUCAGAUGUUGCCCCCGAGACCAGUGCACCCAGCAAAACCGGUGUUCCCAGUUAGGAUACCAUUACGGGACCAUGUAGCUGCCCAGUUGAACAUCAUAGAUGUAUGUGAUGAUGAUGUUCUUCAGCACUUGAAGGAGGAGCACAGGGCCUCUUAAGCUUGAACCGCAGGCUGCCAAGGGCUGGUUUAUCCUCCUGAUGCAGCUCCACUCGUGAGCUUCUGUCUCCUCCACCUCAGGUUUUAUUCCUUGUUUUUGUUUUUUUUGUGCGAAACCUUGUGCUUCUGUCUGCUGUGCUUUAGGAUUUCUGUGUAAACAGCAGCAACUGUAAGCGCUGUGAUUAAAGCCUGAAGCUGGACAGG